CAUAGAAAGUUAGUUUAGUGUAAGAGGAAGGUGAUUUGCAAUGAGAAGACCCUCUGACACUACUUAUUAAACAUGGGCUGCUGCUUCAGUAAAGAAUUGAGUAACAGCACGAGUGAGGAGAAAAUCAGCUUGUUACAAAAAUCUGUGGAAGAGGAAGCACCAGAGUCAAGGAUAAGUAAAACUUUAUCUUCAAUUUUUGGAACUGUGAAAAGCCAGGAUCUGCAUACAGUGGGAAGGACAGUUAACGGGGCGGCUGCGACAAUCGGCAGUGAAUGCGUUUGUAGCGAUGAUUGCGCAGUGUCAAAUUCUAAAUCUGGCUUUUUGGGUAGAAAAGGGAAAUAUCCGUCAUAUAAAAGCAUGGGGAAUACUCCCCAUGAGAGCUCGAGGAGGACAUAUGACAGACCUUUUAGCUUCUUUAAUUCCUUUAGUCACCUCUUGAAAGUCUCUGGUACGUAUGGAAAUCUGCAGAAAAGUGAAGAAAAGAAAGACAGGGUUAUUAAAAAAAGAGCACCUAAAAAAUCUAAUAGCAAUGAUCAGCACAUGAACAAUAUAGAAAACAUUAAUAGUAAUAUUAAUAACGAAAAUGUAGCUGUACAAGAGCAUUGCUUAUUUGAUCAUAUUUCGAAUUCACGUGUACCAGACAUCCUGGACAAAGGGUUGCAGAGUGAAAUUUCCUUAAAUAGAAAUUUUCUGGAGGAUUAUGCAGUGACGUGUGACCAUUCAAGGCAAAAUGAAACAACAGUAAACGUUAAAGACAGCAAGAGUGACAGCCUACAGAAAGUUUCAAGUUCACAUAGAGGGGUGCCUCCAACACUUUCCUAUCUUGAUGUAGACAACAGUCAAAAUGUGAAAGACAGGGAGUUUUACAGUAUUUGUGUUGUAGAUGCCGAAGAUCUGACAGGGGACAAAGAGGUGCCAGCUACUGUGCAUGAAGAGACUGGAGCAGACAUAGAUAACUCAGCUGUUACUGAUGAAGGAAUGUGCAGCAUGGCACGACCUCUAGACACUGGGAAGGAAUUUCCAGUGCAGCGAUGGGCACAAGUGGAAGCUAAGUUUAAUUCACAGGAAGAACUGUUUGAGUAUAAAAAAGAGGAUAGGCCAAACAUGCAGAAAAAGGACACAAGCAAAUAUUGUAGCAUAGACAUCCAGUCUUUUGAUAACUUACUGACUGACAGGUGUCAGGUGCAUAAGUUAAAUACUGACAAUACAGUAACAGAUGUCUUAAGAGCAAAAGUAUCUGAUGAAAUCAUCCCUGAGAAUCAGCAAGAGGAGGUGUAUUCCAUAGGUAGUGCUGUCAGUUGGAAUGAAUCACUCCAUACAGCUUGUAAUUCUGUGAAACCUGUGGAUGCUGCUGAAAAGGACCACUACAGCACUAACUCAGAAAAGGUGAAACACAGUGAUUGUAUUUCCAGUGUCUUGUUAGACACUGGAAUAUGUAAUUCAGGAAAAACUGAGGGAAGUAAUCAUUCUGAUAUUGUACCACUUGGUUUAAGUGGGCGUCCCUCAAGUGUUGUAGAGCAAACAAAUACUAAACAGAUGGCAGAGAACAUGAGGGGUAACUUUAAAUUAUCACUAGAGUUACGUGAAAUGGACAAUGUAGAAAAACUUGCUGAAAAAGUCUACUUUCUAGAGCCAGAAAGUGAAGUAAACUCAAAUGUGGAAAAGAAAACACUUGAAAGAACUCAUGGUGAUAGCCAAAUGUUUGCACCAGAGUGUAGUGAACAUCACAGCAGUUUUGAAGAGUCCUUGAAAGAUGGAGAGAAAUGCACAGGUACAAUUUUGCAUAGCUGUGAAUCUUUGAAUACGACUGAAAUGCACAAAAACUUGGAGGAAAGUUCUGAUUUUCAAACUCAAAUUAAGGGCUGCAGUGAAGUCAAGACAUCGGCUGAAGCUGCAGACCAUGGUGGCACAGAGGAAGGUGUCUGUGAGCGUGUCACUGGUGACUUGACUGAGGAAGCUGGUAACUUGAGCAGAAGUAGCCCGUGGGAGUCAACCAAGGUUUCCGAGUUAAACCCUAAUGCAAAGGUGUGGGGAAAUCAUAUGUUACACUUGGAAGCAAGUGGUGCCACUGAUGGUAGUGUGAGCAAAACGUGGGAAGAAAUACCUGACCAACCUCCAGAUUCUUGUAAAGAAGGACUGGAUGCCAAUGGUGAUGGCGACAAAAAGCAUCAGAAUGCAGUGCUGACAGAGCUGCCGGAGCCGUCACCAGCUGUUUCGGUGUCAGACCAGACAGAUAUGAACCCUUUGGCUCUCGAUCAUUCUGAGUAUGAGUCUAUGCAUGAAACCACCCAGACAGGUGGAAACGAACAGUUGCAGCCAGAAGGUCAGGAAGAUUUACGAGAAUUACUGAAAAAGACACUGGAAUUCUGUUUAUCUAGAGAAAAUCUUGCCAGUGACAUGUACCUUAUAUCACAGAUGGACAGUGAUCAGUAUGUGCCAAUAAUGACAGUAGCAAACCUUGAUCAUGUCAAGAAACUCAGUACUGAUAUGGAUUUGAUUGUUGAAGUGCUGAGAUCGUUGCCUUUAGUUCAAGUGGAUGAGAAGGGGGAAAAAGUUAGGCCAAAUCAGAAUCGCUGUAUUGUGAUUUUACGUGAAGUACCUGAAUCUACUCCCAUUGAAGAGGUUGAAGCACUUUUCAAAGGAGACAAUUUGCCUAAGUUCAUCAACUGUGAGUUUGCCUAUAAUGACAAUUGGUUCAUCACAUUUGAAUCUGAAGCCGAUGCACAGCAGGCUUACAGAUACCUUAGAGAAGAAGUGAAAACUUUCCAAGGAAAACCAAUUAAGGCAAGGAUAAAAGCAAAGGCAAUAGCUAUAAACACAUUUUUGCCAAAGAAUGGAUAUAGACCUCUGGAUAUGAACCUCUACACGCAGCAGCGUUACACAACAUCCUUUUACAUACCUCCAGUAUACAGUCCCCAGCAGCACUUCCCAUUGUACAGCUUAAUUGGCCCACAGACCUGGUCAGCCACACACAGCUACCUUGACCCUUCAUUGGUAACACCAUUUCCAAAUACUGGAUUUAUCAAUGGGUUCACAUCUCCAACCUUCAAGCCUGCUGCUUCUCCAUUGACAACACUCAGACAAUAUCCUCCCAGGAACAGGAAUCCUAGCAAGUCUCAUAUACGACAUACAAUACCCAGUGCAGAGAGGGGACCUGGGCUUCUAGACAGUCCUACAAUAUUCAACUUUUCUGCUGAUCGUUUAAUCAAUGGCGUCAGGAGUCCACAGACGCGGCAGCCGGGACAAAGCAGGACACGGAUGCAGAGUGCUACUACGAGUUACACCAAGAGGGAAGUAGGAACUGGGCGGAUGGAACAGACCAGCGUUGACUCGUCUCCUGGACUGGGGAGAGGAAGGAAAAACUCAUAUGGCUACCGGAAGAAAAGGGAGGACAAGUUUACAAGAGGCCAAACACAGUCUCCACCACCCGUAAAACCUCCAUCUCCCAGCUUUGAAUUGGGUUUAUCUAGCUUUCCUCCAUUACCCGGGGCUGCUGGCAAUUUGAAGACUGAAGACCUAUUUGAAAACCGACUGUCCAAUGUGGUAAUAGGAACAUCAAAAGAAAGAGAAACCAGGGCCAGGACAAGAGGAAGUGGCCUCAAGCUGCACCAGGAGAAGUUCAGGAUGAACAUCAGGAAAAAUUUCUUCACUGAAAGGAACAUUAAUGUGGAUGCAAGUACAAACACUAUUCCGUCAGGAAUUCCUCGAGAACCGUUGUUACCGGUUUCUUCUACAUUGCCCAGGACCUUUGAAAGGUCUCCUUCGCCACCCCAGUCUUCUGAGGACCCCAAGGUUGUGGAUAAACAGCAGAGAGAGACACAGAGUACAGAAAGACUUUCUUCUUCCUCACUCAGUACUGCAUGUAAAUCGGUACAAGUCAAUGGGGCUGCCAUAGAACUGCGAAAACCUAGUUAUGCGGAAAUUUGCCAGAGAACAACUAAGGAUCCUCCUACAUUGCAACCCCAGAAAGAACAGAAGCCAAACACUGUAGCAUGUGGGAAAGAAGAAAGAAAGCCCACAGAAACAAUAGAGAAAAACAGAGAACCUCCUCCUGCAAAGUCACAUCCUGGACAACCCAAAGACCAGAGGAGACAGUCAGGACGCAGAUCGUCCCCUCCAGCCGUUGGCAAACGCUUAAAUAAAGAACAGAGUACCCCUCCAAAAUCUCCUCAGUGAAACUAACACCUUGGGGGGAUUUGAGAAGAGGUCUACUUCCCACAAAUUAAACCCAUGUUCCCACUAAGAUACCUGAGAAUGAGUUGCUGGUUAGGAGCUUGCAGUGAUACUGGGCAUAUAAUAAUGCCUGCAAGUUAUUUUUCUGUGAAGUACUUUUUCCCCUCUUGAACAAACAUUCUAUUUUUCUGGGUAUUUCUGGAUAGUUGUUCUAAACCUUACAUUUAGAUUGGUGCUUAAUUGGAGGUGAAGCUUAGUGUGAUUUUUUUUUUUUUUUCCAAGGUGUAAAAUAUUUGUCUUUAAAAAAAAAAUCAACUUUUUAUUAAGCCUCUCUGUGGCUGUGUGAGUGCAAGCUCUGUAUAGUGAGUUUUUUCUAAACUGUUAAGCAGAAAUGUGCUGCUGCAAUAUUUUUAAUAAACAGGUCUGCAAGUACAUAUCUAAAGUGUCCAAAAGACUGAUAACGGCAGCUAGUGUGUAGAGUGCAAGGAGGUAGAACAUAUUUUACAAAUUAGUAUGUGACCUUGAAGACUUUUUUUUUUAUUGGGCUGCUGUACUAAGUGUCAGCAAAUGAACUUGCACUUUUAGGUUAAAUGAGUAGCUGUUUCUAGUAUUUUUUAAAAAAAUAAUCUUUUUUUGAUGUUUUGCACACACAAAAUUAAUUCUACGGGGCACCAUAGCAGUCUUUCUAAAAUAUUUCCUUUUUUUGACUUACUGCAAGCAAGUAACCAUCUUCUCACUCCAGAAUAAAACUGAUGUUAUAAUUUGCAAAUACAAAGCACAUUGUGAAUAGAAAGAAUCAAGUCUGUGAGCUUCUAUGAUGGUGAAGCCUGUUAGUGAGUGGAUGUUAUCAGGAGAAAGCAGUGUAGCCUUCUUGUGAUAACUUUAGCUUCCCUGUGCUUGUAAGGGAGUUAACUGAGUCAGCGCUGUAUAUUCUGGUUACCCCUGUGCUCUGUGUAGACUUUUUUUUAAGCUCUGCCCCAAGUGCUCUUUGAAAGAGUUCAUAUCUUAGUCAGCCUUGUGUUGACAUCUUCCUGUAACUACGAGCAUUGGCAUAUGGAUUUAAAUUUUUCAAGACUUGAGAUAGUGGUGUUUGUUUUGUGUGGUGGAGGAAGAGAUCCCUGAUAUUUACCUCUGGGAUGAGGUUUCUCACACUUAUUUACUUUAGAAGUGAUGCGCUUUCUGAAGGACAAGGAUGCACUAAAUUAGCAAGUUUCUAAUAAAGUUGAAUAUAAAUUAUUUUUGUUUUAAGAUGCCUAAAGUUUUUCUUUAAAUGUUUAAACUGCAGGAAGUUCAGACAAAACUCAUUCCUGCUGACUAUGACAGUACAGUUUAUUCCACAAAAAUGUUUAUUUAAACAACUGAUUUUUUUAAAGAAUUAUUUCCAUCCAAUAUUUAAAGACUUGAAUUUUAUUUAAACUUGAAAAUGACUUUGCCUUAACUUUUGUACAAGACAGCUUAGAGUUAAUGAGGUCUGACCCCAUGGAGGGUUAGCAUGAAUGGAAUACAGAAUUACUCAGUUACAGUAUGUAUCUAUUGUCACUGGUCUUACUGGGUAAACAUACUGUAGUACAGGAACUAGCAGCAGUUUUUGUAAUAUACCUUAAAGAUCUUAAACAGUUGAUCUUUUUCAGAUUGUUGAAAAACCUGUAAAUGCAAAUAGUCAAUACUGUAUUAAAUAUGUGCACUUGGAAGUGUGUGCUUUGCUUGUACAGUUGUAAAUAAUCAGAACAUAUAAAAAGGUACCCUAAAGAAAAAAAUCUGAUAAAAAUUAUUGAUAUUAUAAAUGUUGCUGUUGAGCUGGAUGUAGAUAAACUAAAUGUUGUGGUUUGAAUAUUACUUUAAUUCGUUGUUUUUUCUUUUUCUUAUUUUAUUCUGGUGUGUUGAACUGACUCUGCCUCUUCACUGCAAAAGGGAAAUGGAACGAAAGUCUUAUUUGAAAGCCCUCAAAUGUUUUCCCAAAGUCCCUCUAAAAACAAGCGAUUUAACCAAUUCAAAAGUGUUCUGCAAUGUAAAUAAUGAAUUUCAGCAGUCAAACUGUAAUUUUAAAGUCAUUAAUAAAAAUCAAGUCUAAUUGGGGAAAAAACUUGACUGCUGCAAAAAUAUACACUGAAGCUUACCUGUGUGCUUUCAAGAGUAUCAGUGCAUGAUUCAUGGAACUGUAAAGUAACUAUAGAAGUUGACUCCUGAUAAAUCUCCUAUUACAAGCAUCGAUUGGUAACUAGUUGACAUUUUAAAAUCCAGCCUGUUGUAUGCUGCAGAAUUGGUCAAAACAGGGCAUGCCGGAGUCUGUUGAUUUUUUUUGUUUGUUUGUUUGUUUGUUUAAAAAGCGCACUUUGUGAAUGCUGUGGGAGGAGAUAAGACCCCGACAACAUCACCAAAACCGCUCAACUAGUUCUGUCAUUGGAUUUAUUUUUUUUAAUACUCUUCUCCUUUCCCCAGCGGCAGUGAACACGGUAGCUAGAUUUGUGUAUGGUUUAGGCCAGCUGUAUGAUUCAUUUUGUUUGUCUGCUGCAAGUGAAAGGCUUUCCAGCUGCAAACAAUCGCGAGUGGUUCCUUACAGCGACUGUGUACGGCUCGUCAUGAUGCUCAGCUGGUACCCGAGGUGAUAUAUUGAGACCAGCGGGGUGUGUUGUGCUGUUCUAAUGUAUUCUGCUGCCAUUUGUGCUAGGUCAAUACACUGUAAUUACUGCUUACCCAGCAACAGUCUGUUGCACCAAAAGUUUAAACCUUCCUCUGACGUGGUUUUUAUAGCUUUUUUUAAAAAAAACGAGGUGACACGCCAAAUCGCUGUGUAACAUACCAUACAACUUCUCCUUACUGCAUUUUACUUCGAGAUUUUCUUCUUUUUUUUUUUUUUCCCCCCACUCAGUGACAAAAUGGAGUUUUCGGAGUAGAGUUGUGAAGUUGCAUGCAGACUGUUGCUACGAUACAGAGAGAGAUUAAAAUGUGGCUUUUAAAAUGAAAAACCUCCCAAAAGCAGUAGCUGCGUUAAAGGUUCAGGGAUGCAGUAAUUAAAAUUGGCAUUUUACCUUGUAGGACUGUGUAGUGAUGCUUUUCAUUUUGAAAACGAGUCAAAAUGGGAUCUGAGACUCUCAUUCCAAGAAUUUAAAAAAAAUGAAGGUUGCUUUCAAAACCAAAGGUUGUUUCAGAUCAGUCCCUCACCAUGACACUGUCACUCACAGCUUGGAAAUCUGUGAACAGUGGCAAUUUUUUUUACCUUGCUGCAUUGCCCUUCAAAGCCCUGAGCAGUUGGCAUGGAAAAGGCCCUUGUUGGAACAUGGUGCAGUGUAUCACAAGCAACAGCUGACUGUAAUGGUGCACACCUAUCUCUGUAUCUCCUUCAGUAGCUACAGGUAGGGACUUUUGUGCUUUGUAACCGAUUACACUAAUAGCAGCAGACAAUCUGAGAUUCCUGAGGAGACCUAACAGCUGCCAAUUCAUGAAACAGAAGUGUAAUAUGGGAGCCUUUUUGAGGGUUUUUGUUUUUGUUCUUCUUCCAUUAAGACUGGAAUCAAGCUUACAUGUAAACUAUCAGUAAUUUAAGUUUCCUUUUGUGUCAUAAAAUGUAAAACUGUCUAAUUUGAAAAAAAAUAUGUAGGUUAUGAAAAAUAAAGAUUUAGGCACUGUUGAA